AUGGAGAGAGAGAAGAGGAAUGACACCUCUUUCCCCAGGAAGAGAAGUUGUACUUUCGGGGGAUAUGGAGGUCGUUCUCACUUCCUUCUUUACAUUGUGGACAGCUUCACGUGUGGCGAUGAGACGAGACCUGAAUCUGCAGAGGACAACAUCCUGGACAUCCUGGACUCUCCUCCCAGGGACAAGCAGUCUUUCCCCUCUGCCAGCAGCAACCAGAGGGACACGGAGCUGUUUGAAAUCAUUGAAAAGCUGCAGGGCAGCAGGAUCGAUGAGCAGCGGUGUGCAUUCCCUCUUCCUCUGAAGUCUCAGCUUCUGAGGAUAGGUGGAGACCUGCCGCUCAUCCUCUCUCCGAAGCUGGGGGGCUACUGGAUAGACCCCCCUCUGGAGAGGCUUGCAGAUGUGAGUCCCACCUCCUCCCAGCACGGCCUCGACCCACAGAGCUACGACAUCAUGGAGCGGGACGGGGAGGCCAAAAUCUACCACGAGAGCUUCAGCUCACGAUACCAUCACUCCUUCACAGCGGUGGAUCCAUCGCUGGGGCCUCUGGUUCUUUCCGUGUGCUUGGAGGAAGAGGAGAGCAAGCUGCGGGUGAUACUCAGAAUGAAGGAGUGCUCUCUGCACGCAGUUUUCUCCAUCUCUCUUUUCCCCAGCAUCCCAUCUGCUGUUGAAUUAGCAAAGAUGCUCUGUGAGAGAGUGACUGUCUCGAAGUUUGAAGUCGUCAGCUACCUCAAGGCCCCAGAACUCAUAACUACAUUUGAUGAACACAGAGUGUCUCCUAAUUUCAAGUUUGGCAUUUUGUACCAAAAGAACAGGCAGUUCACUGAGGAAGACAUACUUAGUAACACUGAGGAAAGUGAAGAGUUUAAGGAGCUCCUUUCUCUUUUGGGAGAGACGGUUCGACUGCAAGGCUUCAGCGGGUUCAGAGGAGGACUGGAUGUGUGUCAUGGUCAGACAGGAAGUGAAGCCGUCUUCACUUCCUUUCACGGCAGAGAAAUCAUGUUCCAUGUCGCAACUAAACUGCCCUUCACCGAGGGCGACCCGCAGCAGUUACAGAGGAAAAGACACAUUGGCAAUGACAUUGUAGCUUUGGUCUACCAGGAGGGCCCAACCCCGUUUUUAUCUGAUGUCAUCAAGUCUCACUUCCUGCACUGUUUCCUGGUGGUCCGGAGGACUCAGGGCCCGGAGGAGACAGGUGGAGCGUACCAGGUGUCCGUCACAGCCAGAGAGGAUGUUCCCCCCUUCGGUCCGGUACUUCCAGAUCCUCCCAUCUUCACAGAUUCUUCCCUGCUGAGAGAAUUCCUUCUGACCAAACUCAUCAAUGCAGAGAUUUCCUGCUAUAAGGCUCAACGAUUCAGCAGACUGGAGCUGCGUACUCGUUCAUUGCUUCUUGAGAGCCUGCAGGCUGAACUCUCCACCCGUUCCCAGUACAUGAUGGGGGAUCCAUCACUGUCUGCUCUCCCAUCUUCUGAGGGUGCACGGGGGGCAUCUGAGGGGACUGGAGGAUUCAUUGAAAACUUUAAGAGGGCCAUUAGAGUGCGGAGUCACUCAUUCGAGACUCUUGGGGUACCGAGGAAGUUGGGUGGCAGUGCAUCACCAAAGCCAAAGACAGAUAAAGACGGAGAUAGUGACAAAUCUCCAGGACAUCUAUCUGCUGACAGUUUGGGGUCGGCUGAACUCAAAGAUCAAGCAAGCCCUCAAGAAGAGACUUAAAAAAGAAAUAUACAUUUUUUGAUUUUAAAUAUAUAUAUAUAUAAACAUUGCUAGUCUGUUACUACUUUAUUAUCUUGCAGGAUGGCUUAAAUGUAAAUAGAGUGUACAAGUAAAUAGUAUUUCUAGGCAGAUACAU